CCGGAAGUAAGCAAAGAUGUCUGCGCCCGAUGAAGACACGUUUGCCGAGGAAGGAGGCGAAAUGGAGGAGAUUGGCGAAGCUGGCAGCGAUGAUGAUGAAGGAGUAGAGAUGGAGGAGGGAGGAGAAGGCGGAGAAGGGGAGAAGAAAGUAUACGUGCCCGGGAUCGAGCCGCUUCAGCCGGGAGAGGAGCUGGAGAUGGACCGGUCCGCGUACCGCAUGUACCACGAGUGUCAAACUGGUGCUCCGUGUCUGAGCUUUGACUUCCUGAGAGACGGGGAUGGAGAAGCCAGGGAGCAGUUCCCUCUGUCUAUGCUGCUCUGUGCGGGCACACAGGCGGACUCGGCACUGAGCAACAGACUUAUCGUCAUACGCAUGCAAAACCUUUAUGGAACAGAGAAAGACAAAGAGGGGGAAGAAAGCAGCGAUGAAGAAAGUGAUGACGAUGAUGAGGAUGAAGACAAGAAGCCACAGAUGGAGCUUGCCUUGAUGCCUCACUAUGGAGGCAUUAACAGAGUCAGAGUCACAAGACGUGGAGAACAGUCAUUGGCUGCCGUCUGGUCAGAUAAGGGACAGGUAGAAAUAUUUGACCUCCAACCUCAGCUGGAAGCUGUGCACAGUCCUGCUGCUAUGGCUGCUUUUAUCAAACAGCAGAAGGAAGCCACACCGCUCUUCAGCUUUGCAGGACACAUGGGUGAAGGCUUCGCUAUUGAUUGGUCACCUACAGUGCCUGGUCGUCUUGUCAGUGGAGACUGCAAAAAGAACAUUCAUGUGUGGGAGCCACGAGAGGGAGGGACUUCAUGGCAGAUUGACCAACGUCCUUUCAGCUCCCACAGCAAGUCUGUGGAGGAUCUGCAGUGGUCGCCCACUGAAGCUACAGUUUUUGCGUCUUGUUCGGUUGAUCAGUCUAUUCGUGUCUGGGACAUCCGUGCCCCUCCCAAUUCGAUGCUUUCGGCCAAUGAAGCUCACUCAUCAGACAUCAAUGUGAUCAGCUGGAACAGGAGCGAACCAUUCAUCCUGUCAGGAGGGGACGAUGGGCUUCUGAAAGUAUGGGACCUUCGACAGUUCAAGACUGGGCGUCCUGUGGCGAACUUCAAGCAGCACAGCGCUCCCAUCACGUCUGUGGAGUGGAGCCCCAUGGAUUCGAGUGUGUUCGCCGCCUCGGGAGCGGAUGACGUCGUCAGCCAGUGGGAUCUGUCUGUGGAGUCAUGUGAUGUGGGUGCCAGGGUGGAGGGGCUGAAGGACUUGCCCCCCCAGCUGCUGUUCCUGCACCAGGGUCAGUCAGAGAUCAAGGAGAUCCACUGGCACCCUCAGAUUCCUGGAGUGAUGAUCUCCACGGCGCUGUCAGGAUUCAACGUGUUCAGGACAAUAUCUGUGUAGUGUGUUUCAGAGAGAAGCAUGAUUUUUUUUUGUUCAUGAGUGAUACGCAUCUAAUGUGUAACGGUAAACCCUAAUGUGUGUUUCAUCAUUAAGGAGCUUGUAAUAAUGUACAUAACUUGGAUUUGAGGUUAUAAUUCUGAUUGACAUUUGUUGGCAAACACAGAUGCCAUAUGGUAUUAUAGUCUUUGAACUUUCAGUCUGUAUGUUUUACAGAUGUUAAAGCUAUUUGAUAUUGUAUACCUACAAUAAAAUGUUUAAAACUGUUCAGAUGAGUUUUACUUAAAAUUGAUUCCAAAGAGAGA